UGUAAUAGUUAUUUCCCUGGUUGGUUUCUUCCCUGCACUGCUGAAAUAGCACCAUCUCAGAACAGCCCUGGGAACUGUGGAUCCACCCAGCUCAGCAGCUAGAGCAGGCUCAGCAACCAAGCACCAAAGCACCCACAGCUGAAAAUCAGCUGCUGCUGCUACUACUCCUAUUGCUGCUUGCUCUGGCUGCUCCCAUCCCUUCUUCUUCUUUUUUUUUCUUUCAGCCUACCUAGAAGUAUGCUAACCUCUCUGUUCCUGUUGGAACUUGGAGUAUCAAACAUGAAUCCUUCCCCAUGCAGUCUGGCUGAGAGUUUUUUGCAAAGCAUUUAAAAAAGGCAGCAUCCCAUCUGGGGUAUUUUUUUUUCUCUCUCCUUUUAUAAAUAACAAGCUAAUCCUAUUUCCAGUGUGCAUUUUAUCUGCUGAUCACUACAUCUGAUUAUUCAUCACUGUGCUGCCACCCAGGAGCCGAUAACUCUCUACACUUGCUAAGAGCUACAGCUUUCUGAGACUUUUUGUUAAUUUAGUAUUUUUUUUUUCUAUUGCUUUUUUAUUUGUGUUUAUACAAAAUGACCUCCUUUUUUCACCGAGGAAGGAUUAUGCAUCUCAGAUUUUAACAUGUCUGUACAUACAGCAUGACCUUGCAUCCAGUGGGCUUAGUGUGAGGUACACAUCUUUCAUUUUUUUUUUUUUUAUGAAGUUAUUACUCCAGUGGAACUGGUCUUAAAAGUUCCAACAGACUAAUCAAUUAAGCUGAUGCUCACUUGUGAUUGAAUUCAUGAUCACAAAUUCAAGACUAAUAAGCAAAUAUUUGCUCUUUGCGGAUCUACAUUACAGUUUCUCAUUCCCAUUUUACAAUUCAUGAACUAUUUUGUAUUGUAGCUAGGAACAUCUGUCAAGCACAAAUGGCACUGAGUGGAAACUGCAGAACUUAUGCCCCACCUAGAGACCAAGGGACUGGUCUUCAGUCAUACCCAGAGGUAAUUGAAUUAAAUGUUGGAGGACAAGUUUACUUUACACGUCACUCCACCUUGACCAGUAUACCCCAUUCACUUCUAUGGAAAAUGUUCACCUCCAAAAGGGACUCUGUAAACGACCUGGCCAAAGAUGCCAAAGGACGAUUCUUUCUUGACCGAGAUGGGUUUCUAUUUCGUUAUGUUCUUGACUAUCUCAGGGACCGACAGGUGGUCUUGCCAGAUCACUUUCCAGAAAAAGGGCGCUUGAAAAGGGAAGCGGAAUAUUUUCUACUGCCAGAACUAGUAAAACUCUUAGCACCUGAUGAAGUGAAACACAGCCCAGAUGACUUCUGCCACAGCGACUUUGAAGAAGCCUCCCAAGGUAGUGAAACGAGAAUAUGUCCAUCUUCAUCUUUAAUGCCUUCAGAUAAAAAAUGGGGCUUCAUUACCAUUGGUUACCGUGGAUCUUGCACCAUGGGUCGAGAAAGCCAAGCAGAUGCCAAGUUUCGGAGAGUUCCAAGAAUUCUUGUUUGUGGUCGAAUCUCUCUAGCCAAAGAAGUUUUUGGAGAAACGCUUAAUGAAAGCAGGGAUCCAGACCGCGCCCCAGAAAAAUACACCUCCAGGUUUUAUCUCAAGUUCAAACAUCUAGAGAGAGCUUUUGACAUGCUGUCAGAAUGUGGAUUCCAAAUGGUGGCUUGCAACUCAUCAGUAACGGCUUCAUUCGUUAAUCAGUACACUGAUGACAAGAUCUGGUCCAGUUACACAGAAUACGUUUUUUACAGAGGACCUACUAGAUGGCCUUCAACUCAUUGUGAUUGCUGCUGUAAAAACACGAAGGGGGACAAAGAGGGUGAAAGUGGAACAUCGUGCAAUGAACUUUCUACAUCCAGCUGUGAUAGUCAAUCUGAAGCCAGCUCUCCUCAAGAAACAGUCAUCUGUGGUCCAGUAACUCGCCAGUCCAAUAUACAGACUCUAGACCGACCAGCCAAGAAAGGACCUGUGCAGAUUAUCCAGCAGUCCGAAAUCCGAAGGAAAAGUGACCUUUUAAGAACUUUAACGACUGGGUCGAGAGAGUCCAACACAAGUAAAAAAAAAGUUGUGAAAGAAAAGCUUUCUAUUGAAGAAGAGCUGGAAAAAUGUAUUCAGGAUUUCAUGAAAAUAAAAAUACCAGAAAGGUUCCCUGAGAGGAAAUAUUCAUGGCAAUCAGACCUUUUACGAAAAUACCACCUAUAGAAAGGGCAAAGAUAUUAUAAAUCACUGGUAUAUGAAGUCUAUUGUUUAUUUGGUAGAUUGCCAUGUCCACGUAAACUACUGCCUAUAUACAUAGUCCACUUUAACCCUGUUGCUGCUGGAUGAACGUGAUACAAAGUCCAAUUCUGACCAAUUCAAACCAGCAGCAAGGGCAUUAAAGGCAAGUCUGCCUAAAACUAAUCACUCAGUUUUGGCCUUACUCUGGUGGGUAUGAUCAAACACCGACUUGAAAGAACUCCGUCCAAGAUCACACAUCUGUCUGAUUUGGCUUCAUUCCGAACAUCAGGAGUCUGGUGACAGAGCAAUGAGGAAGGCCAAACCAAGAUCUGUGGGCUGGAGUAGAGAAAACAACUCAAGAAGUUUACCCAGUUUUUGGAUGGUUUAACAAACCACUGUUGAUGCAAGACUGGCUGCUUAGUUUUGGGUGGCAUUACCUUUUAACGUUGAUAGUUACAGGGUACCAUGUUCUUGUGGAAGCACAACGUUUUAUUUUAUUUUCAAAUUUUAACAAGAUGGAUUCUGUAAACACAAAUAGCACAAACAUAGUAGACAUUGAACAUUAACAGACAGAUACUUUGGAGUUUUUUUUAUUUAUUUAUGUCCUUUUUUUAUUUUAUUUUAUUUCCUCAGUUUUCAAAAAGUGUGUGUUUGUUAAGAAAGUUUCUGGAAGAGUGUCACCUCAAAAAUGCAUGUUUCCUUAUUGGAGAAUGGAGGUCACAUGAGUAAAAGAAACAAAGAAAAAAAAAAAGUAAAGUAAAACUAUAUCAUGAUGGUUUACAUUUAGUGAAUAUAUUACUGCAUACAUUAUUGGUCUUGUUAUAUCCUUGUUACUCUGCACUUUCUUUCAAGUCAGACGGCUGCUUUGUGUGGUCAUAUAAUCUGUGGCUGCUUCAUUAUCUCUAUUUUUGUAGGACUCUGAGAUGUGUGGAUGGUGUUUACCACUAAGAAAUCAAAGCCCUUUCCUUAUUUUAGUCUACAAACAUCCAUCACCCAUGUGGACUCCAAGUAGGGAAACAUUCUCUGGUAAAAUGGACACAGCAAAUACUUUAUGACUGUUUGCAAAGUACAGGGCUUUUGUGGUAACAAAUAAUGUGUAAAUUCAUUGAUGUACAAGUGCAUAAUAAAGUCUUAAGUGCUCAUUCACACAGUGAA